AUGUUUUGGAUAUUUUUUCUUUUUUUUUUUUUUUUAAAUAAAAAAGUGAAUAAUGAAAAUGAUAUAUCUGUAAAAGGAAGCUUAACAGUUUCUAAUUUAAAGAUAUCAUCAAAAGACAAGAGAGAAAGUGGAAUAUUAUUCAUGAAUGAUGAAAUGGAAUAUAAAUUAGGAUUAAAUACAAAAAAUGAGUUGAUAAUUAGUAAAAAAAAUAAGCCAUUAAUAAAUAUAGAUGAACAUGAUAAUUUAAAUUUUUUUAAUCCUGAUUUAACAGUAAAAUCAUUAAAUGUACAUGGAGUUUUUAAAAUUUUGAAUAUCAAUCAAUUUCAAAUGAUAGUGCAUGAAGAUUUUUCCAAUUCUUCAAAUACUAAAGGAUGGAUUGGAGAAAAUUUUGAUAGUUUUACAUCCAUAUGUGGUGGCAUAAAUUUAUUAGGUGGUUAUGGAAAAUUAUCAAAAGGUAAAAUUUAUAAAAUUUUUGAAAAUAUUCCAACACAUACUCAAGUACGUAUUAAAUCAAAUUUUCAUUUUAUUGAUAAUUGGAAUAAUCAAACAGCUUAUAUGAAAAUAGGAAGAGAUGAAAAAGAAGAAUUUUUUUUUGUAUGGACAGAUAGUCAUAGCCAAUUGAAUAAAGAAAACUCAAUAAAUAUUUGUGGUAACUCAACUGGUGAAUCGAAAUUUUUUUCUUUAAUUGAUAUAAUUGUACCACAUAAUUCCAAAAAAUUGAUUGUUGAAUUCGGAACUAAUAUUCAAAACCAUGAACCAAAUAAUAUCUCAUGGGGAAUCUCAAAUUUUCAAAUAUAUAUCAUAUAA